AUAUAUAAAACAUAUUUGUUUCUAAAAUGAUCUAUCCUAAUGACUAUGAAAUCGUUUAAUAUAUUUUUUCACCAUUGUUUUUACUGCAGAAUGGAAAUGUCUUUAUAUGCUUUUUUGUUAUUUACAUACUUAAAUAUAGUGACCCUGUCUAUGAAAUCCAGUCUCAUUAUAGGAGCAUCAAAGUUUUAAAGUCAGUAUUAAAGAUAUCAAGAUUAUAUUUUCUUUACAUUAUGUAAAAUGAUUUUAUGUAGAAAACAAAAAUCACAAAAAAUAUUUUAAAUAAUAACUUUUUAAAAAAAACAAAUUGUUGGAUUAAAUUGCCUGCUAAAUGCCUAAAUAUAAAUUCUUCAUUUUUUACACAUUCACAACCUCAUGGUACCCAUCAUAUAUAAUCUUUUAGGAUCACAAACCACAUAUGAUUAUUAGUUUUGCUUUUAGUGUUUCGAUCAUGUUGAUGUACAUUGAACACAAGAUGUUGAUCUUGUGACUGUGUUGAGAUUUCCCCAAAAAGCAAGUUCUGCUUUCCUUUGGCCACAUAAAAGAAACAUAACGCAGCAUUCCUAACUUCUGCAUCCUCUACCAAUACUGGAAACAUCAAAUGAAUAUAAGUAGAUCAAAUUUUGUCAAAGACUAUACCAGAUGUGUCAGAAAUUCAGUUUACAAAGUUUUGAGAUUUCAGUAGAAAAAAUAAAAUUGUGACGUUACCCUCUGAACAACCCUCACAUUUAGGCAAAGAGGAUCAACAACUCUCCAAAGUAUAUAUAAAGGAACCUUCUGUUUACAAAUCAACCAUUUGUGGUUUCUCAUGUAAAGCAUUAUCAUGAAUGAAGCUGCGAUGAAUGAUUCAAACAACUCCCUUCGUAUAGAGGACUUCAGUACAUUCUUCUAUGAAGAUUACAACUACACCGAUUACACAAACCCGACCGACUAUAUUUUGGAAGAGAGCACCCUAAUUUGUCCACUCAUCCCUAUAGCUGAUGCAGUCAACAUCUCAUUUUGCAUCAUCUACGUGAUCAUUUUUCUGGUGGCCGUACCUGGAAAUCUACUUGUGGGCUGUGUGAUCGGUUCAAACAGACGAUCACUUUCUUCUUCGGAUGUCUACUUGUUUAACCUGAUGUUAGCCGACACUCUAUUGGCUCUAAUCUUGCCUUUCUCUGCGGUAUCCGUAGUACAUGGCUGGGUGUUUGGGGAUUUCACGUGCAAACUGGUUUCCCUGGUGAAAGAAAUAAACUUUUACACCAGCAUCUUGUUUUUGGUGUGCAUCAGUGUGGAUCGCUAUAUGGUCAUCGUGCGCGCUAUGGAAUCCCAGAAUGCUCGGCAGCGGCAGUGCAGCUGUGUCGCUUGCGCAGUGGUGUGGUUUUUUGGUGGCGUGCUUUCCUUGCCCUCGCUUUACAAUGAGGCCUAUUUUUCCCAAAUUGACGAACAGACCGUAUGUGCCGAACGCUUUAAGGUAGACAGUGCCGACGAAUGGCGACUGGCCACGCGUAUCAUGAGGCACCUGCUCGGCUUUAUACUCCCUCUAGUGGUCAUGUUGACGUGCUACAGCGUGACAGUAGCACGGCUCUUGCGUAUGCGUGGUUUCCAGAAUCAUAGGGCCAUGAAGGUGAUAGUCACUGUGGUCGUGGCUUUUCUCUUGUGCUGGACCCCUUUUCACGUUACCACGAUGGUCGACACGCUGUUGAGGGCCAAAGCCGUUCAAUUCACUUGCUCCAUGUGGACCUCAAUGGAUGUUGCCGUGUUUGCUACACAAAACCUGGGACUCGUGCACUGCUGUGUAAACCCGGUGCUUUAUGCUUUAAUGGGAGAGAAAUUUCGAAGGCAAUUUAUGCAAUUGCUUCAAAGACAACAAGUUCUGGAUCACUUUUCAAUCUCUAGACCUAGCAGGCCUCUCCAAUCUGAAGUCACUUCUAGCUUCCUGUGAGCUGCGGCCAUGCAAUGGACAUCGAUGAUGUAUAUAAAUUAAGACAAACUGAUAGUCCUUGCCUGCUUGUAUUACUACGUUUAGUUGUCGUGGCUAUAAUGUCAUGAUGGGAUGGCUCCCUCUAUUGUUCAUGAAGAGUACUGUCAUCACACUGCAGGGUGAUCUGAAUGUUCAGGGUUGAGCUUUCAAAAACAUAUCUAUUACUGUUAUUAGCCUACUAUCACAUAUGGGUUAAGAAUUGAAUAACAAUAAAUUGUUGUGUAACUUAAAGUGAAUCAUCUGUGAUACAAACAUUUGUGAUGCUCCAAGUUGUGUGACUGGUUGAUGAGAACUGGUGAGAGACACCCAUAGAGGAAAACAUGUUGAGCAAGACUGAUCUGAAAUGUCUUACAGCAUUAAGUUAAUGUCAGGCUUACUUAAAAAUGUAAGCCAACCAGGUGUGUUACGUUAUGUAUAUAUGUUGAAUAUUUUAAAUAAAAAUAUACGCACAGGUGCAUGGUAAUUUUUUUUAAAGUACUUUUAUUCAAUGCAUGUUUAUAUCUUUCGUAACUUUUCUAAAUAUGACUAUUCUAGCUUGAGAGGUACUUUACUGUUAUGUCUGGGUGUAGACCAGUGUGUAAUGGUUUAUAAGUCAUAAAUCCAAUAAUAUUUUAUUAUAAGUUGAUGUAUUGUGUGAUUAUUAAUUUUUAAGAUAAAAUAAAUAGUUAUAAACCA